UCGCGACAAACUCGCGGGAAUAGCAGUCUUUCGCGAGCCACUGCCCUAAACGAAAAGGAAAGUAGAUUCCUCCUCCUUCAGCUCAGUGUUUGCCAACCAGCGGUGUGUUGUGGUCAGUGCGCCGGACGUACGUAAACGAGCAUAUUUUUACGCUGCAGUAUCGAGAAGCAACUUUGUGAUAUAAUAAUAUCAGCAGCGAGAAUUUGACUCUUAAUAUCGUCAUUGGAACAUUUUCCACCAUCGUAAUGGCUCUUCGUACAUUGUUUGCGAGUAGAAUUUCGCAACUUAAACCUAUCGCAAGUGGGCAUGCGAUUUUAGCACGUUCUUCUCGGGCGGCGUCAACUGAUAAAGGUCCCACCUUUAACUGGGAAGAUCCGCUAGAUCUCGAGUCGCAGCUGAAGGAAGAUGAAAUCGCGAUCCGUGACUCGUUUCGGGCGUACUGCGAAGAUAAACUGCUGUCGCGCGUGAUCGAGGCCAACCGGAAUGAGGUUUUUCAUCGCGAAAUAAUGAACGAGUUAGGCUCGUUUGGCGUCCUAGGCUGCACGAUUAAGGGAUACGGUUGUGCCGGUGUAAGCAACGUUGCGUAUGGUCUUCUAACGCGUGAGGUGGAGCGAAUCGAUUCUGGUUACCGAUCGGCGUUCAGUGUCCAGAGCUCGUUGUGUAUGGGCGCGAUCUAUGAUUAUGGAAGUGACGCGCAGAAGGAAAAAUACCUACCCCGGUUAGCACGCGGCGAACUGAUCGGUUGUUUUGGGCUGACGGAACCGAAUCACGGCAGCGAUCCGUCUUCGAUGGAGACAAAAGCUAUCCACGAUCCGAAGACGAAAACGUACGUCUUGAGUGGUAGCAAAACAUGGAUCACCAACUCACCCAUUGCGGACGUGUGCAUCAUCUGGGGCAAAACGGAAGAUGGAAAGGUGCGGGGUUUCAUCGUCGAUCGAUCGGAGAGUGCCGAGGGGCUGGCAACACCGCGAAUCGAGGGAAAGUUCUCGCUCCGUGCCUCGGCAACCGGAAUGAUUCUGAUGGACGAAGUGCGCAUCCCGGAAGACAACCUGCUACCGAACGUGGUCGGUAUGAGGGGUCCGUUCGGGUGUCUGAAUAAUGCCCGGUAUGGCAUUGCCUGGGGAGCGCUGGGUGCAGCUGAAUCAUGCCUUCAGGUAGCACGAGGCUAUACACUGGAUAGGAAGCAGUUCAAAAAACCACUAGCUGCAAAUCAAUUGAUGCAGAAAAAGAUGGCCGAUAUGCUGACGGAAAUAAGUCUAGGAUUAACCGCUUGUCUGCACGUGGGACGCCUGAAGGAUCAGAAACGACAUACGCCCGAAAUGAUUUCAAUGCUCAAGCGUAAUAACGCUGGAAAAGCGUUGGAAAUUGCUCGUGUAGCCCGCGAUAUGCUGGGCGGAAAUGGAAUUGCUGACGAGUACCACAUCAUCCGCCACGUGAUGAACCUAGAAGCGGUCAACACCUACGAGGGAACGCACGAUAUUCAUGCUCUGAUUCUAGGACGUGCAAUUACUGGAUUACAAGCAUUUGCUUAGCUCCGCAUGGUGGUUGUCUGUGAAGAAAUAUUAUUUUGUAAAUAAAAAGAUUUUAUUACUUAUUCAA